AUGGAGGAGCAGUACAUUUCCAAACUCCACCCAGUAGUGGAUUAUGGAGCUGGGGUCUUUCUUCUCAUCAUAGCCAUCCUGACAAUCCUUGGGAAUUCAGCUGUCCUUGCCACGGCUGUGAGACGCUCGUCCCUGCUGAAGCCACCCGAGCUGCUCACAGUGAACCUGGCGGUGGCAGACACUGGCAUGGCCCUCAGCAUGUACCCCCUGGCCAUUGCAUCUGCCUGGAACCAUGCCUGGCUGGGGGGAGACACCUCCUGUGUCUACUAUGCCCUGAUGGGUUUCCUCUUUGGGGUCUGCAGCAUGAUGACCCUGUGUGCCAUGGCCGUGAUUCGAUUCCUCGUCACCAACUCAUCCAAAUCCAACAGUAGCAAAAUCACCAAGAGCACUGUCUGCAUCCUGAUUGCUUUUAUCUGGCUCUACUCCUUGCUCUGGGCCAUCCUGCCCUUGGUGGGCUGGGGCUACUACGGCCCUGAGCCCUUUGGCAUCUCCUGUACCAUAGCCUGGAGCAAAUUCCACAACUCCUCCAAUGGUUUCUCCUUCAUCCUGAGCAUGUUCCUCCUGUGCACGGUGCUGCCUGCGCUGACCAUCGUUGCCUGUUACCUGGGGAUUGCCUGGAAGGUUCAUAAAGCAUACCAAGAGAUCCAGAAUAUUGACAGGAUCCCCAAUGCAGCCAAACUGGAGAAAAAGCUGACCCUGAUGGCUGUGCUGAUCUCAGUGGGAUUCCUGAGCUCCUGGACUCCCUAUGCAGCCACCAGUUUCUGGUCCAUCUUUAACUCCAGCGACUCCCUGCAGCCCGUGGUGACGCUGCUGCCCUGCCUGUUUGCCAAGUCCUCCACGGCCUACAACCCUUUCAUCUACUACAUCUUCAGCAAGACCUUCCGCUGCGAGGUGAGGAAGCUGCAGUGCUGCUGUGCCUGGAGGGUUCCCUACUUCAGCUCUGACAACUCCAUGGAGAACCCCGUGUCCACCAUGUGGAGCGGGAGGGACAACGUCCGUCUGUCUGCGGCGCCGAGGGUGCAGAACCUGGGAGCUGCAGCUCCCUGAAGAGCGGCCGUGGGGUCAGCCUGGCCUCACUCCCAGGGAUGCAGCCAAUGAGGUUGUCACUGCCUAUCUCAUGUCAAUACAGAGGUUUAAGUAUAUAUUUUUAAUCUCAA